AUGUAUCAAGUUGGGAACGUUUACGUUAUUGCUGCUGUGGCAGUGGUAGGGGGCGCUUUAUUUGGAUUCGAUAUCAGUUCCAUGUCAGCUAUCAUCUCUACGAAAGCCUAUCUCUGUUAUUUCAACCAAGGCCCGUAUUAUUGGGAUACUGAUGGAAAGUGUUCUGGUCCAGAUCCUGAUGUUCAAGGAGGCAUAACAGCUGCGAUGCCUGGAGGAUCGUGGCUUGGUGCUUUGAUCUCAGGCUACCUAUCAGAUAUACUGGGAAGGAAAAGAGCGAUUCAGAUCGGCUCCAUUGUUUGGUGCAUUGGUUCUAUCCUCGUUUGUGCUUCACAAAAUAUUCCAAUGCUCGUCGUCGGACGGAUUAUUAAUGGCCUGUCCGUCGGUAUCUGUUCAGCCCAAGUCCCCGUUUACAUCACGGAGGUAGCUCCGCCAAGUAAGCGUGGAAGACUUGUUGCUUGUCAACAGUGGGCAAUUACUUGGGGAAUUCUGAUCAUGUUCUACAUAUCAUACGGUUGUUCGUUUGUGGAUGGCCCAUCUGCUUUCCGAAUUCCAUGGGGUCUGCAGAUGCUCCCUGCGGUAUUCCUUUUCUGCGCCAUGAUGUUCUUGCCUGAAUCUCCCAGAUGGCUCGCUAAGAAGGAUCGCUGGGACGAGUCUGUACAAGUCCUUGCUCUAGUCCAUGCGAAAGGCGACCAGACCUCUCCAUUCGUGGCUAAGGAGAUGUCUGAGAUUCGCGAGGUUGUGGAGUUUGAACGUGCCAAUGCAGAUGUCUCUUAUCUCGAGUUGUUGAAGCCGCAUAUGAUCAAUCGAACGCAUAUCGGUGUCUUCACUCAAAUCUGGUCGCAGCUCACCGGCAUGAACGUAAUGAUGUACUACAUUACUUACAUAUUUACGAUGGCUGGCCUCGGAAGCAAUGUUCUGCUGCCGUCUUCCAUCCAGUUUAUCAUCAACGUCAUUAUGACAGUCCCCGCCAUCCUGUUCAUCGACCGCUGGGGCCGUCGACCAACCAUGCUCGUUGGAGCUUUUUUCAUGGCUCUCUGGCUGUUCAUUAAUGCUGGUCUUCUCGCAACAUAUGGCACCAAGCCAACUCCAGAGCAAGGUUUCACUUCAAAAGCCGAGUCAAUCUCCAUCGUUGGAGCACCGGCCAAGGCUGUAAUUGCUUGCACAUACCUGUUUGUGGCUUCGUUCGCUCCCACGUGGGGACCUGCCUCAUGGAUCUAUCCAUCCGAGCUCUAUCCUCUCCGCGUGCGAGGGAAAGCAGUGGCGCUCUGUACAUCGGCAAACUGGGCAUUCAACUUUGCACUCGCUUACUUUGUCCCCCCUGCUUUCGAGAACAUCCGCUGGAAAGUCUACAUCGUCUUUGGUGUCUUCUGCGUAUCGAUGUUCAUCCACGUCUUCUUCCUAUUCCCCGAGACAGCCCAGAAGCCUCUCGAGGAAGUGGAAGAGAUCUUCGCCGACAAUACGCCUGGUAGUAUCAAGUAUCUGGGCACCCCGGCGUGGAAGACUCAUGUCGAUACUCAUACGAGAAGGCUUGAGAGAGGUGAGAUGGAUGCGGAGGAGAAGUUUGGGAGACAGAUCAGCCAGGAAGAGGAUGCUGUGAGAGCAAGUGAUGCUACGAAGGUUAAUUGA